AAAAAAAAAGGUGCCAUUAUUAGUCCCGCCCAUAGGAAACCUGGCUGCCAUUGGAUAGUGAAUACGUUAGCCCCGCUCCUAAAGAGGAGUCAAAAUUUAGCGCGAGAUGUCUUCUUGCUCUGCAGGAGGAUUCCUGAUCCGAGUAAUGGAUGUGAAUUAGGUUUAAUCACCUUAUUUCACCAGGAAAGGAUUAUAUUAUACAAAAUUAACACCAGCAGAAUUACCAAGAAGCAAGACCUCAAACUAGAGCCUUUGUUGAAAAGCAUGGAGCCUUUGUUGAAAAGCAUGGAGGUAAGCUCAGGAGUGCCAUAAUCAAAAAGGGUGAUCUUCUUGGAAUCAUUCUGAAGUUAUAAAUGACUCCAGACUCGUCAUCAGAAGCCAUCCUGAAGUAUGCCCAUAGGCCAAAAUAUUUAAAUGAGAUGACUCUAGAGGCAUUCACUGGCUGUUCACGCGUGUGAAGUAAUCAGUAAGAUACAUUACCGAAAAAGUAGUUAAACUAUUCAAUAAGAAACGUUUGCAUAUUGUGAGCUGCUGUCUUUAUUAUAAGCAAUGGAUAAAUUUGUAAUAAAAAAAAAUGGAAAUAAAAACAGAAAGAGGCUUCAGGAAGAAUGUAAGGAAACGUUGGACAUUGAUAUACAAGAAAAGACCUCAUUGACAAAGAAGAGUAAGAGCGAGGAAUUAAGUCCUUGUUUGCAGGCAUAUAAUUACAUUUGGAAGAAGAUCCAGGCAGAGAGUCUGAACUGUGAUUACACACUUUUGUUUAGCAAGGCUGAAGCAGAUGGAAUCUUUAAACAAUUGGAGAAAGAGAUCAUAUAUUUUUCAGGGGAUCUGAGUAGAGUGCAAGUUUAUGGAAAGUGGCAUAAUGUUCCCAGAAAGCAAGUGUCUUACGGAGAUGACGGUCUGACAUAUACAUUUUCUGGAAUAACCUUAUCUCCCAAACCUUGGAUUCCUAUUUUGAACAGUAUAAGGGAAAGGGUGAAGCUGGCUACAGGACAUACCUUUAAUUUUGUUCUUAUUAAUAGGUAUAAGGAUGGAAGUGAUCAUAUAGGAGAGCACCGAGAUGAUGAGAAGGAGUUAGUUCCCCAGAGUCCUAUUGCGUCAGUAUCUUUUGGAGCAUGUAGGGAUUUUGUCUUUCGUCACAGGGAUGCCCGCUGCAAGAAUCCUAUGCUUCAGUUAGAACCUGUGAAACUGGAAUUGGCCCACGGAAGCUUGCUAAUGAUGAACUUCCCAACCAAUGUUUACUGGUAUCACAGCCUUCCAGUGAGGAAGAAAGUACUGGCCCCAAGGAUCAACUUAACAUUUCGUAAAAUUAUCCUGCAAGACGCUAGAUGACCGCAAAGCAUUUAUGUGGCAAAUUCUCUCUUUGUCACUAGUAUAUCAGAACCUGAAUUAAAACUCUUUUUGGCGAUUAUAUAAUAA